AACCGGUGGCUCCCACGACCACGAGUACCCUGUGCCGCGUGUUGAUCGGAGACCCGUCUCCCUUGCUCUGCUCUGCUCUGCUCAGCCCAUCCCCCCCUUCCCCUGUUCCCCAGAUCCGACGCGAAUGGCCUCCUACGACGGUGAGGACGACUCGGGCCGGCGCCGCCCGCCGCCGCAGCAGCACCGCCCCUCCGGCGGGGGCAGCGGCGACCUCGCCGCGAGCGCCAAGCUGGUGGCGGAGGCGGCCAAGGCGGCGCUCCAGGACCAUAACCUGGGGAAGGUCGACAAGGGCCGCACCGCCGAGGCCGCCGCCGACCUGCUCCACGCGGCCUCCCUCUACGGCAAGCUCGAGGGCAAGCCCGUCGGCGGCUACCUCAACAAGGCCGAGGACUACCUCCACAAGUUCGGCGCCAAGGAGGGGGGCGGCGGGGGCGGCAAGCAUCAGCCGGGUGGCCACGGGGGCUCAGGCGGCAGGUACGAGGAAGAGGACGAGUACAGGAAGAAGCCUACGAGUGGCGGUGGGAGGUACGAACAGGAGGACGAUGGGUACAAGAAGAAGCCCAGCGGUGGUGGGAGGUAUGAGGAGGACGACGAGUACAGGAAGAAGCCUACUGGUGGUGGUGGUGGCUAUGGAGGUGGAAGGUAUGAGGGAGAAGAUGAGUACAAGAAGAAGCCUAGCGGUGGUGGGAGGUAUGAGCAAGAAGAUGACUACAAGAGGCCUCCUACUGGUGGUGGCUAUGGUGGGGGAAGGUAUGAGGAAGAUGAUGGGUACAAGAAGAAGCCUAGUGCUGGUGGUUAUGGCGAUGGAGGAGGAUAUGAAGAUGAGUACAAGAAGAGGCCAACCGGUGGCCAUGGUGGAGGCAGGUAUGAGGAAGAUGAUGAGUACAAGAAGAAGCCAACCGGUGGCCAUGGUGGAGGGAGGUAUGAGGAAGAUGAUGAGUACAAGAGGCCUACUGGUGGAGGCCAUGGAGGGCGGUAUGAAGAAGAGGACUACAAGAAGAAGCCUAGUGGUGGAGGAAGAUAUGAAGAAGAUGACUACAAGAAGAAGCCUAGUGGUGGAGGAAGAUAUGAAGAAGAUGACUACAAGAAGAAGCCUAGUGGUGGAAGCCAUGGAGGGAAGGAUGAGUCGGAGGGUGGUGGCUUUGGAGACUACUUGAAACUUGCACAAGGUUUCAUGAAGAAGCAGGAUGGCGAGGGUGGGCACAAGAAGACUAGUGGCCAUGGAGGAGGGUAUGGUAAGGAGGAAAAUGAAGAGGAUAGCGGCAAGAAGAAACAUGGUGGCCGCCCUGAGAGUGGAAAAGACGAGUCGGAGGGCAGUGGCAUGUCAGAUUACCUGAAACUUGCACAGGGUUUCAUGAAGAAGGAUGGCGAGGGGGGAAGCGGAGCCGGUAUGGGGGACUACUUAAAGCUUGCAGAGGGGUUCAUGAAGAAGCGUUGAUUUAGAGUUGAUCUUUGCUACAUUGUGAUUGAUCAGGGGCUUUGUGUUUGGUUAGUCCUUUGUCUUGCUUAACAUCUGUAUGCUGUGGAAUUUCUUACAAUUUCCGCCAACAAAGCUGUCUUGCUUAUGCUGUGUGCAAUGUACUGAAUGCCCAAGGUGCUGCUUUUAAUUUCAGGAGAAUAAAAGAUUGGAUGAAUAAA